AUGAUGCUCGCUGCCAUGUCUACCUUGGAAGAUCAAGGAAUAUACUCUUUGGCGGCAAAUUAUGGAGGACUUAUUGCCCGCAUAAUAUUCCAGCCCCUGGAAGAAAGUAGUCGAAAUCUGUUCUCGACCCUUCUCAGCCCCGACGAGCGAGGCAAACGGAACGAGACUCAGGUUCGUGCCGCGAAAAAGCAUUUGAUCGACAUUCUACGCGCGUAUCAACUACUUUCCGUUCUCAUCUUCCCACUGGGCCCUUUAAUGGUUCCACAGGUGCUUCGUAUUUUGGGCGGCCGACAGUGGGCCUCGACCAAAGUGGGCGAUCUGCUAUCGCUCUAUUGUUACUACAUCCCAUUCUUGGCUUUUAAUGGCAUCACUGAGGCAUUCGUGUCAUCUGCAGCUAACCCACGGGAGAUCCGCAACCAAACCGUCUGGAUGGGGGUGUUUUCUACCUGCUACGCCCUGGCGGCCUACUUGUUCUUGGAAGUUGGUUCUAUGGGUGCAUAUGGACUUGUCCUGGCCAAUAUCGUCAACAUGGCAGUCCGAACUCUGUGGAGUUAUAGCUUCAUUCGAACCUACCUGCACGGGCAUGGAGAUGACAUACGUGUCAGUGAAGUGAGCAUGCGCCCGGUCACUUAUGCCAUUGGAGCCGUUGCAACUACGAUCGUGGCUAAGCAGGGGAUGUUGGAACCAAAAGGGGGUAUCAUGCCAGCAAUUUUGUUCAGUGGUGUCUAUGGGCUUUUAGUGCUCUAUAUGGAGAAGCGAUAUGUGGCAGAGCAGUUGGCGAAGUUGCGGCAAGUUAUAUCUUCCCGCUCGAAAAGGACGAAAUCCGAAUAG